UACUACUACACACAGCUGAAGCAGCGAAAUCAAAACAAACGCUUUUAUUAUUUACAAACCUUUCGAACAAAAACUCAAUAAAAAAAUGCUUAAAACACAUACUCAACAAAAUUCUAGAAGUUUUACUUUUCCGGAUAAAUGGCAAGACAACGCGGAAAUGCAAAUGCUAUUUGCCAUAUUUCGUCCGCGACAUCUCAGCACUGAAGAUUACGACAUAAAGAUGAAAUUUUGGAAGGAUCUAAUUACGCAUUAUUGCAAAUUUCAUAGAACAUGCAGUUUUAGUUUACAAGAGCUGCAACUGCAAUUCAUGAGAGGUGAACAGGUGCCUGCUUGUCUUAAUUCUGUAAUUCAAGAGAUGCACGAACAAAAACAAUUGCGACUUCUCAGUGAAUAUGAAUACGAUUCGUCGAUUUCCUGGAGUAGUUGGUUAAUCUCAAGCCUGGUGCAGCGUCCCCUUUCUUGGGGUUGGCAGCGACUUAAGAAUACCAUUGUGCCUGAGACUUUGGACAGAAACUUAUCUAUGGAAUGGGUACAUUUAGAAGUUUUACAGAAUAUUUGCAAUGAAAUAAUUGAUAAAGUAUUGCAUAAAAACCGUGGAAAGUUGCUACAUUUUGACGGUUUCAAAGACCUUUGCAAGGAUUCCGAUAUAUCUACAGCCACUGAUCGAGAUUUAACUACCUGUAUACGUCACUUAAAUACUCAAAAUCUGAUUGGAUUGGAAUUCAUAAUGAAAGAGGCAACCCGUUGCAUUCAUUUAAUAAAAAUACCUGCAGAUAAUAAAGAUAAACAUAAUCUCGUAAUCACAGAGGCCGAUCAUGCCAUGCACAAUCUUCAGAUGACCCAGUCCAAUCUUCUCCGGCAGCUAGAAACUCUUGAAGGAGAUAUCAAAUUCAAUGAUGAUAAAGUGCGUCAAUAUCUCAAAGAGAACAAAAGGCAAAUGGCCAAAACCUAUUUACGUAAACGACAUCUAUUGGAAAAGAAUCACGAGCGUCGAAGCCUUGCCUUGCACAAUAUUGAAUCCUUACAAUUGAGUGUGGAUGAGGCCCAGAAUAGUGGUGUCGUCCUGGAUGCCUAUAAAAUCGGUUCGAAAACGUUGCAGAAAGUUCUCAACGAUUCGGGACUUAAAUACGAUAAUGUUGAUGAAAUAUUGGCCGAUGUACGUGACACUUUGGAUCAGCAUAAAGAAGUUCAAGACGUUAUGUCCAACACCGCUGCUCUCCAAGAUGAAGAUCUGGAUCUAGAAAAGGAGCUUACAGAUCUUCUCGAUGAAUCGAAGGAGGAGAGAAGAAAAACUACUCCUCCUUCCGCCAAGGCGAACAACAACAACGAUCGGGUAGAAGUUUUAAUAUCCGAUGAAGAUAUGCUUGCCAUGUUAGACGAAUUAAGCGUUGAGGAGGGCAGCAUUGGGGAGCAGGCAGUUCGUCUAAAAAAAUUGCAUACAUGAGAUUUAAAUGGAUGUUAUGAAAGUAUAUGCAUGUGUAAAACAAUGAAAUUACAAGUUAUCAAAAAAUUCAAA